AUGAAAUUUUUAAAAUUAGUCACUCCAAUUCUUAUUGGAGCAGUUGUCUCUGAAGCAUUCCUCUUUGGAGGUGGUGGUGGUGGUGGAGGUUGUGGAUGCUCAGCACCAGCACCAAGUUGUGGAGGAGGAUGUUCUGCACCAGCUCCAAGUUGUGGUGGAGGUUGCUCUGCACCAGCUCCAAGUUGUGGUGGAGGCUGUGGAGGAGGAGGUGGAAGUAGUUGUGGAGGAGGUGGCGGUGGAGGCUGCGGAGGAGGAGGAAGUAGUUGUGGAGGAGGUGGCGGUGGAGGCUGCGGAGGAGGUGAAAGUAGUUGUGGAGGAGGCUGUGGUGGAGGCGGCGGCGGUGGUGGCUGUGGAGGAGGUGGAAGUAGCUGUGGAGGAGGUGGCGGUGGAGGCUGCGGAGGAGGUGGCGGUGAUAGUUGUGGAGGAGGUGGCGGUGGUUGUGGUGGAGGAUGUUCUGCUCCAGCUCCAGCUCCAAGUUGUGGAGGAGGCUGUUCUGCACCAGCUCCAGCUCCAAGUUGUGGUGGAGGAUGUUCAGCACCAGCUCCAGCUCCAAGUUGUGGAGGAGGUUGUUCCGCACCAGCUCCAGCUCCAAGUUGUGGAGGUGGAUGUUCAGCACCAGCUCCAGCUCCAAGUUGUGGUGGAGGAUGUUCUGCACCUCCUCCACCUCCUCCUCCUGCUCCAAGUUGUGGAGGAGGUUGUUCUGCACCAGCUCCAGCUCCAAGUUGUGGUGGAGGAUGUUCUGCACCUCCCCCACCUCCUCCUCCAGCUCCAAGUUGUGGAGGUGGUGGUGGAGGAGGAUAUUCUGCCGGACCUUCAGGAGGUGGUGGAUGUGGUGGAGGUGCCCCAAUGCCUCAACCAGCUCCAGCACCUAUGCCUCAACCAGCUCCAGCACCAAUGCCAGCACCACAAAGUUCAGGUGGAUACUCUAGUGGCGGAGGUGGUGGCGGAGGCGGAGGUGGAGGUUAUUCUUCCGGUGGUGGCGGAGGUGGAGGUGGAGGUUAUUCUUCCGGUGGUGGAUUCCGCAGAAAAUAUUUCAGAUUUGCUCGUACUUAA